AUGAAGUCUUCGUUGUCUCUCUCGUUGCUCCUCGCCAUCGCGGCGUCGGUCUCGGUCUCGGCUUCCACCGCCAGCACCAACGCCGAGCGCCUGAAGCGCGGGCUGCCGCCUCGUGCCCCUCGCCGUCUCUACGCACCGACGCGCGUCUCUGCCGCCAAGAGACAGUCUCCUUCCGGCACGCCUUCCGCUGACACUUGCACGACCGGUCAGUUGUUGUGCUGCGGCGAGCUUACUCCCGCCGACAGCGCAGACGCCGUAGACGCCUUGGCUUCCAUCGACGUGACCUUGACCAGCGCCGAGGAUGUCGGGCUGAGUUGUGAGGUGCUCACGACCGACGGCACCUGCGGCGGCACUGCUGCCUGCUGUGGAGGCAUUCUCAGUGGGCUCGUCUCGAUCGGCUGCAUCACGGUUGCCCUUUAG